GUCAACAGCAGGGAUAUUUUUGCUUCUCUGGGCUGUUUUCAACUCUCAAUCACCAGUCACGCCUCGUGGGACUGAAGACAAGCUGUCAUUGAUCCCAAGUAACCCUGAGAUGACAUGAUCCUGCUCUGAUGAGCGCACCUGUGAGGCAGGGGAUUACACAGAGGAGAAGCAUGUCGAGUAGCAGGGUGAAGUCCUUUCUGGUGAGCCUGUCUCGGAGGAAGCCCCUGGAGCCUGAGGGGGAACAGUCCACAUUUAACCGAUGUCUGACCACUCUGGAUUUGGUGGCCCUGGGUGUGGGCAGCACCCUGGGGGCCGGGGUCUACGUUCUGUCUGGAGAGGUGGCCAGAGACACUGCUGGACCCAGCAUCAUCAUCUCCUUCUUCAUCGCCGCUCUGGCAUCUAUAUUCGCCGGGCUGUGCUAUGCAGAGUUUGGCUCCCGGGUUCCUAAAACAGGCUCAGCAUACCUUUACAGCUAUGUGACUGUUGGAGAGCUACUGGCUUUUAUCACUGGGUGGAAUCUGUUACUCUCCUACGUCAUAGGGACAUCCAGUGUUGCGCUGGCAUGGAGCGGGACGUUUGAUGACCUCAUAGGGGGUGUCAUAUCGAAGUACUUUGAAGAACACGCAAGCAUGGGCCUCCCCGGUCUGGCACCUUACCCAGAUGUCUUUGCUGCAGCCCUCAUCAUGCUGCUGUCAGGUCUCCUGGCCUUUGGAGUGAAAGAGUCGACGACAAUCAACAAGAUCUUCACAGCAGUCAACAUCCUGGUGCUGCUGUUUGUCACCAUCUCUGGAUUCAUCAAGGGAAACAUCUCCAACUGGGAAAUCAGUGAGGAGACUCUGCAGAACGCCACAGCAGAACUCCUAAACCUGACCUCUACUGCUAAUGUAACCAGUGUGUAUGGAGUGGGUGGAUUUCUCCCGUACGGCAUUAGUGGAACCCUGGCUGGAGCUGCGACAUGUUUCUAUGCUUUUGUUGGAUUUGACUGCAUCGCUACAACAGGUGAAGAGGUGAAGAACCCUCAAAAGUCUGUCCCCCUGGGUAUUGUGGCCUCGUUACUGAUCUGUUUCCUGGCCUACUUUGCUGUGUCUGCCGCUCUCACCCUGAUGAUGCCCUACUACAUGCUGAGCGAGAAAAGCCCCCUGCCAGUGGCCUUUGAGUACGUCGGCUGGGGUCCUGCCAAAUAUGCCGUGGCUGUGGGAUCGCUAUGUGCCCUGUCCACAAGCCUGCUGGGCUCCAUGUUCCCGAUGCCCAGGGUGCUGUUCGCCAUGGCAAGAGAUGGCUUACUUUUCCGACCCCUGACCAAAGUCACCCCCAAGGGCAGUCCUGCUAUAGCUACAAUAUCAUCUGGCACUGUGGCAGCCAUCAUGUCUCUGCUGUUUGACCUGGAAGCCUUAGUGGAGAUGAUGUCCAUCGGCACUCUGUUUGCUUACACACUCGUGGCCAUAUGCAUUCUUAUACUGAGGUAUCAGGCAGCUCCAUCAGAAGAAUCAGACCUGCAGAUCAGACAGUCAAACACCAAAUUCAGUUUCCUGAAACCUCCAUCGUCGCCCAACUCAUCCACCGCACGAACAGUCACAAUAUUGACUGUAAUUUCUGUUGCAUGUGUGGUUGCACUGUGUGUCACCCUGACUCAAGCCAUAAAUGCUCUGUCCAAUUUGGAAGCAUGGAGCCUGGUGCUUGUCUGCAUCCUCGCCUGCAUCCUGUUGCUCAUGGUUUUCCUCAUCUGGAGGCACCCACAAAAUCCCUCCAAAGCGUCUUUCAUGGUGCCUUUACUCCCUGCUCUGCCUUUAUUGAGUACACUCAUCAACGUCUACCUGAUGGUGCAGCUAGGUGGAGACACCUGGUUAAGAUACGCUAUCUGGAUGUUAGUGGGGUUAGUCAUCUAUUUUGGCUACGGGGUCCGAAACAGUGUUCAGAGGAAGCGUCUCAUGGCCAAUCAGACGAAGGUCGAAACCGUCAGCGGCAAAGCAGACAAUUCAUUCACAACAGAUGUCACUAAAGAAGAGAAAUUCUGAGCUUGUUUGUGGUGGAGAGAGCCUGAUUCAGAUGAUUCAGAUGUUACAGUGAGUAACUGCUUCAAGAGUGUAACUACUGUUUUACACACACCAGUUCUGGUGUGUGUGUUUUUUUUUUAAAGUGUUCAGUCUCAGUGUGAGACUGUCGAGGUUAGACAGGUGCAGACAGAGACAGAGGUGUUGAAGUGCAGACAAAUGGACAGGCGUACAAAUCUGCUUCAUACUGGCACUUUAUUACAUGUUGAUGGAGUUUGUACUUUGCCUAAAUAUUCUUAUUGCCAUCACUGAAAUGCUGCCUGGCAGUCUGUAUUUUGGGACCUUCAAAAUGCUUAAGGUGUAAAGAACAGGGAUUGCUGAUGUUUUAUAAAGCCAUUGUGUGCAGGAAUUAUUACAGAUCUGGGAGCACACUUUAAAAAAAUGUAAACUUCACUCCCUGCUUAUUUUUAUGUCAUUAUUAAUUGCACUUAACUGCAUGUGUAUCCUCAUUCAGUGUCAGAGCCCUAUCCUGGGGCCUUUAAAUCCACUAUCAAAGAAGUUUCUACUCCUGUGUUUAAAAAGCAAAAGAGAAAAGGGCUCAAACAAUUUACUGUAAAUAAUAACUAUUUUAUCACACCUAAAUAAGUUUACACUUUUCAUAUUGUAAAAUACAUUUGUAAAAUAUGAAAAUUUAUUUCAAUUUUAUACGAUUUUAAUAAUGAUUCUAAAUAACAAAAGAAAUGUUUUUUUUACAUACAAAUUUAUGGUGUUAGACCAAAGAAGAUGUACAAUG